ACGCUUCCUGUUGACUUUGUUUCAGCUGGUCCCUGUGAGCUGCUGUUGAUCGGAUCUGUGAAGCCUGGGACGCGGAACCAGGCUUUCUUGAUCAUGGAUGGUCAAGAUAUACCAGAUUUUUCAAGUUUAAAGGAGGAAAUUGCUUAUUGGAAGGAACUGUCCUUAAAGUAUAAACAAAGCUUCCAGGAAGCUCGGGAUGAGCUAGUUGAAUUUCAGGAAGGAAGCAGAGAAUUAGAAGCAGAGUUGCAGGCACAAUUAGUACAGGCUGAACAAAGAAAUAGAGACUUGCAAGCUGAUAACCAAAGACUGAAAUAUGAAGUGGAAGCAUUAAAGGAGAAACUAGAACAUCAAUAUGCACAGAGCUACAAGCAGGUCUCAGUAUUAGAAGAUGAUUUAAGUCAGACUCGAGCCAUUAAGGAGCAGUUGCAUAAGUAUGUGAGAGAGCUGGAGCAAGCCAAUGACGACCUAGAGCGAGCAAAAAGGGCAACAAUAGUUUCACUGGAAGACUUUGAACAAAGGCUAAAUCAGGCCAUUGAACGGAAUGCAUUUUUAGAAAGUGAACUUGAUGAAAAGGAAUCUUUAUUGGUCUCUGUUCAGAGGUUAAAGGAUGAAGCAAGAGAUUUAAGACAAGAACUAGCAGUUCGGGAAAGACAACAGGAAGUAACCAGAAAGUCGGCUCCCAGUUCUCCAACUCUAGAUUGUGAAAAGAUGGACUCUGCUGUCCAGGCGUCACUUUCUCUGCCAGCAACUCCUGUUGGCAAAGGAACAGAGAACAGUUUUCCUUCACCAAAAGCUAUACCAAACGGUUUUGGUACCAGUCCACUGACUCCUUCAGCUAGGAUAUCAGCACUAAACAUUGUGGGGGAUCUCUUACGGAAAGUAGGGGCUUUAGAAUCCAAAUUAGCAGCUUGCAGGAAUUUUGCAAAGGACCAAGCAUCACGAAAAUCCUAUAUUUCAGGGAAUGUUAACUGCGGGGUGAUGAAUAGCAACGGCACAAAGUUCUCUAGAUCAGGGCAUACGUCUUUCUUCGACAAAGGGGCAGUAAACGGCUUUGACCCAGCUCCUCCUCCUCCUGGUCUGGGCUCCUCGCGCCCCUCGUCGGCACCAGUGUGAAUACUGCUUGAAAAUGCAGCCUGAACCUUGGAUUUCUUAAAAUACUCCAGUCCAGCAAACAGCUCCAUCAGCUGGUGACCGAAACCCUCCAACGGCUUCAUCCUCAGCCCUUUUCUAUUGGCUUCAUCCUCAGCCCUUUUCUAUUAGCGAGCGGGUCGCCAGCCCAGGGCCCUUUCCUCCCCAAUGCAGCUACACACAGAGGCCACUGGGCAGGAUGCGACUUGUAGCCGACUGCCCAGAGAACUAGCCUGUCACCUGACACUUGGGAGCACAGCGCCCUCAGAAAAAGUGGGCCUUUUAAGUCUGUGGGACUCUCAGUUGCCAAUCAGAUCACAGAUGGGAAAUCGAGAACAGAAGGUAAGAAAACAGAUUCCACAUUCACAUGAUUAUUCUCAUUUAUUGAGGUCUGUUUAUUCUUAAUGGGUGCUUUUUCCUCCAAGUAAAUAGAGCAGGCGUAAAUAUCUAUAAUGAAUAAAUUUAUUGUCUUACAAAAAUCAUUGUCUAGAAAUAUGGGAAUACAAGAAAAGAUAUUUGCAGUCAGGUGUCUGGUGGUCAACAGCCAGUACAGUUCAUAACGGGGUAAAAUCAAAGGUUCCAAACCCACAUGACAAGUUCUUCCUAAAGAUGUUAAAGCUUUUAACCCAAAAGGUUUGUGUUUUCAAGCACAUUGCAGAGGAUCAGGGAUUUGUACUUAACACUGAUUCAUUGUCACUGAAUGUUGGUAAUACCACUUUGACUAGAGAGGUACAUGAUAUGAAGCACAGUCAAAACUUAAUACAUUAAAUUGUUACAGAGGCAAAUAAUAUAUUUAACAUUGUCUUAGUGCUGUAGUGUCUAAGGCACUUUCUGUAAUGUCAGUUUGCUUACCUAUCAACCAAAAACAGAAUGUUAAAUGUUCACUGUUAACACUGUCCAGAGGGGAGGGAACGGGAAAAUGAAAAGGGAUUCACAUCCACUGGCAUGUCAACAUUCAGGCAGAUGGCAUCUGUUCUUGAGGGUCGGUAACCUCAUCAACAAACUUGGAACAAGUCUUGGACACAAAACCAAUGUUCCCAUUUUGGGCUCAAAGCAGCGGCUGAAUUUGUAAGGUCAACACAGGGGCCUGGCUGGCAAGGGAGGGCCUCCCACUGACUCCUGCUUAGGCGCCCACAGCUCUUGUUCCUGAAGCGAGGUGCACACUGGCAGAGCCAGGGGUUCAGGAGACCAUCCGGGCGUCGACGUGAUUGCUGCCACUGGGGCUUCAGCGGCAUGGCGGCUCCUAUCCUUUCUAUGCACAGACCAGCCCUGGCCAAGGACAGUUCACACGAAGAGACGAGGGGAUACCACCAACUCGAGCGAGACGGCAUGGUAAUCCCCAAUGAAUGCUGCUUCCCCAAUCCAUCCCACCCCUCCUAAUCUUUCCAAAAAGCCCCUUUCACAGUUUGCUCGCUGAAAUAGUGUUGAUCGUUAUUUGAAGGAAAUGAGAGACAAGUGCAGUUUAGGUUCCACAAUGUUCUAAGAGAAUUGAUGUGGCUGAGGAGUCGGGGGCCACAUGAACACAGCUAAGUUACCUGUCUGUAUGACAGAGAGCAUGCAGAGCGACCGAGCAACAACCACGGGGCUGCCCCAAUACCCAGCGACUGGCAACAAGGGUCUGGAGUUUGUUUGAAAAAGGAUUCUCUUCUUAACAUGUAUUAUAAAAUGGUCUCUUGAUGAAUAUAUGGAAAAUAGAUGCAAUGAUGAGACAGUCUGUUUAAUAUGUGCAUGUUUUGUGUAUGUAUAUAUAUAAAAAGGGGAGCAAUUGUACCUAAAUCUGAAGCAGGAUACAGUAUGUGUAGGCUGGAAAGCCUUAAGACACAGUUGAUCUUGCAGUAAGGAGUCCCGUGGCUUGCCAACUUCCUAACUGUAGGAGGCCCGAGGCAGGCUGGUGCCGGGUGCGUUCCUUCGUGUCCUGCUGUAUUGCCUCCACUGGCUUCCGGUGACCCUACUCCGACUGGGGUGGCUGUGUCUCAUUGACAUCACUGGUCUUGCUUUCGGUGUCAUCGUCUGACAGCUCCAGGGAAGCCCCUUCGAUGUGCAGCUGGCGCCGGCCAGAUCGGCUCGAA